AUGAUUUGGCUGAUUCUACCUACCGCUUUUUCCACCGCCUCCUUCAAAUCACCCUGCUAUCUUCCUUCUCUCGCUGCAGAGCAGAAGACAUACAUACAACAACAGGAUGUUGUAGUGAUAAUACUAUAUUUCCGUGCACCACAAUUAAUUGCAUUUUCACACUCCUGUCUCCCUUUUUUUGAAUCAGUUAAUCGCAAUGAGCGGCUCAGCCUGGAAAGGGACCACUUUUGA